UUUCAGAUAUAGGUUACUGUUGUUGUGCGGACUAGGCUAUUUGUUCAGUGGUCUUUGACGAGGCAAAAAGUGUGGGAACCCCCAGCUUCUGCAUAAAAGACCAAUCUUGAAGACGCAGAGGGUUAAUUUCAAGCCCCCACCACCACCACCCACAUCUCCAAUUUGAAAGCCGCCUCUCUACCGGGAGAGGAAGGCUCUUUUUCGGUCAGAUGGCGUGCUGCAGUCCGCCCCCGUCAUUCUCCAGCCCACACAGACAGGGCAGCCAGCAACCAAUACGGUGCGCCGGAGGAGGAUUUCUGCCAGUGAUUUCAGAUGAGCUACGAUACGCAAAGGGGAUUUACUACGCCACUCUGAGCCGGGGAAGCUUUCGGCAAAAGGUAACAGGUUUCCCUCCGCGAGCACCGACCUCAGCUGUGACAGCGCGUGGUUGGAGAGACACUUUUCAGUCAUUACGCAGGUCCCCUCUGUGCGCAUUCAUCUAUCUGACCUGGAAAAGAGCAGUGUGCCAUGUCUUUGCCACGCACACUUGGGGAGCUGCAGCUCUAUCGGGUGCUGCAAAGGGCCAACCUGCUGGCCUAUUAUGAAACCUUCAUCCAGCAGGGCGGUGACGACGUGCAGCAGCUCUGCGAGGCGGCAGAGGAGGAGUUCCUGGAGAUCAUGGCACUAGUUGGCAUGGCCACCAAGCCGCUACAUGUGCGUAGGCUGCAAAAGGCCCUGCGAGACUGGGCGGCAAACCCUGCCCUCUUCAGUCAGCCCGUCUCUAAUGUCCCUCUGGGGGGCAUCCCGCUAUUCAAAGUAGACGGGACAGGAAGUGGACCAGCAGGCGGGCCCAGGAAGUCUGUGAGCAACGGGCAGCCGGGGUCUCCAUGUGAGAGGGACGACCGGGCGUGUCUGACUCCGAUGCACAGUGGAAGCCCCAGAAGCCCCUGCUCCCAGGCCUCCCCACAGCCACCAGACACACACUAUAGAGAAAAACUGUCCCCCAUGGACCCACACUGGCUCAGCCCAGAGCCUGAUGGGAACUGCAGUUUGGCUACUGCAUCUGGAGUAGAGGAGGAGCCCCCCAGCCCUCAGUGUCCUCUGGGUCCGUCCACAUCUCCGAGCCCUUCUGCAUCUUUUGCUCCAGCAGCUCUGUCGGCCUGGCCUGGAGGACAGCUAGACGCGGAGACAACGAGGGCAGUGGUGGAAAGCGUGGAGAGACUCCUUAGGACCCUGCCCAGGUCAGACCCUACAGAGGUGAAAACUCUUCUCAGGAUGAACAAGAAGAUGGCAAAGACUGUGGGCCACAUCUUCAAAAUGGGCUCCCAGGAUGUGAAUAAAGAAGAAGAGAUCAGGAAAUAUAGCCUCAUCUAUGGACGCUUUGACUCCAAGAGGAGAGAGGGGAAGCAGCUCACACAUCAUGAGCUGAUCAUCAAUGAAGCUGCAGCACAGUUUUGCAUGCGCGACAACGCUCUUCUGCUGAGACGGGUGGAGCUCUUCUCUUUGGCUCGGCAGGUGGCGAGAAAAUGUGCCUACACCUCCACACUCAAGCAUUCAAGGACAAAUCCAGAUGAGAGCAGCAUCCUGCCCCUAAAAAGAGCGAGACAUGAGGUGAUUGUGCCCGAGAGUGUAUCAUCUCUCCUUGGAGUGGAGGGCUCGGAGGGUGUGACCCAGAGGGCAGAUGAUGACAGCUUAUCCACAGAAAGCCUCGACAGUGUGUCACAUGACAUCAGCUCACAGUGCAACCAGUCUCCGUCCCCCCGUCCCCAUUCCGACACCUCCAACCCCACCAGCUGGAGUCGCCAUCUCAUACAGCAAACGCUAAUGGACGAAGGGCUUCGAUUGGCUCGGCUGGUGUCACAUGAUCGAGCUGGCAAGCUCAGCCUGGGAUCAGAAGGAGCUCAUUCUACAGACAUUGACGUUAAAGUGGAGAGGCGGAGCUCCAUAACAGCGUGCAGGAGUGUUAACCCCUGCAUCACCAAAGACGACUCUAAUCAUCGGGGGAAAUGAAAACACUGGGUGGUCAUCAGGAAACUUGCUGUCAGACCUGCCAAUGAACUCUUCUCACUUAUACAGGCUGUUACUGAGCAGGUUUUCCAUGUGUGCUCAGAUCACUCAGAUCAGGACUCUUACUGACUUCAAAAUCAAUACAGUCAAUGUCAGAUAUUACAUGGGAGCGGUAUCAUAAACCCCCAAAUUAUUCUGGGUUUACGUCAGCGGAGGUUCUUUGUUGUAUCUUUUGAAUACAUGGAUGAUACGUCCUCAUGGUUUUAUCUGAAGGAAAUUUUAAAAGUAACACUUCUGUCUUAAUGUCAAAGAGCUUUGUGUUCAAAGUGCCACCAGAUGAAUUGGGCUUUACACAGCAGGGGGCACUGCAACUUUGGAAAUUAACUCUCCUAACUCACUACAGGAACUUACAGUAGUUAUGUAAAUGAAAUUUGGUUUGUUGGAGUCUUAGAUCUAUUUUAUUUUUCAGUAAGUGACCACAUUAAAACAGUGUUAUAAAAUCCAGAGCAGCUCAUUACCCUCAGGAAAGAAAAGGAUGAACCGACCUGAGUUUGAUACGCUUUAGGAUUCAAAACUGGAGGAAACUUAAGUCCACGUAGGUGGACUUGUAAAGAAGAUUUAAAGAGACAUGCUGGGGUUUAUGAGAGAUAAAGCCAUGGGACUUUCUCACUCACUCCCUCACCGCUUUCUGUGAUCAUGUUUUCUCCCAAGCAGCUGAUGUGGUGUUUGUAGAGAUGAGGCUUUUCAUUUUCUUUAAUUCUGUGAAAAUGUACUCAGAACACCUUUUUGAUACUCAGCAGCAUGUAAAAAGAAAAAAUGAUGCUUGGUGGAAGUUUAUUUCUCAGUUGCCUCUUUCAGCAGUGUUAUCAGGUUUCAGGUUCAGCUGCAGUGUUUUGCUCAAGGACACUUUAGUGAUGAGGUCAGCUGAGCCUCUCAAUGUUGCUAAAAUCUUUUUGCAGAUUGGUGCCAUUGAUCCUCUGUCAGGAAAUUGUAUUUCAAAUUUGAACAAAAAAUUAAACUUACCAGAGGAUUCUCAGGAAGUAUCAAUUUUAAAUGGUACUUUAUAAAAGUGCAGUGGAGACUUUCUCAUUGGUGUGUUAAUGGGAUGAUUUCUUUGCUCUUAACUCCUCUGAUAUUCUGGACUCCUAUUAAAUUACAACUGUCAUUCUUUCUUUAAUAUAUGAGAAAAUAACAUUCACCCCUUCAACAGACUUAAUAAAAAUACAAAUUUCAUGUUGAAUAUGUUUAAAAAUGUUCAGAUUUUAGUAUACUUAAUAAGUAUGUCAGUGAGGUAGCUUGCUGUGCAUCACUUACACCUGCCUGUCUCUUGAG